UUUUUUUAAGCAGAUAUGGCGGCUGAGGGGGAGGCGAUUUUUAUCUGAAUGUAAACAGUAAAUUACAGCUGUACAUUUAUACAUUGGAGCACACUGACAAAUGCGCUCUGUUGACGGAGCAUGAGGUUACCGUGUAAACGUUACGGCAACUAAGCGGCAAAAUGUCAAUGGAGGACCCCUUUUUCGUUGUCAAAGGUGAGGUGCAGAAAGCGGUGAACACAGCCCAAGGCCUACACCAGCGAUGGCUCGAAUUGCUGCAGGAUCCCAGCAGUGCAUCCAAGGAGGAGGUGGACUGGACAACCAAUGAGUUGAGGAACAGCCUGAGGUCCAUCGAAUGGGACCUGGAGGACCUGGAUGAGACCAUAAGCAUUGUGGAGGCUAAUCCCAGGAAGUUCAAUUUGGAUGCGAUGGAGCUGACCAAACGUAAAGCCUUCAUCACAAGCACCCGGCAGACCGUGAAGGAAAUGAAAGACCAGAUGUCUUGUCCGAUGGCUCAAGCAAUGUCAGACAGGAAAACCAGACAGGGUUUGCUGGGGGAGAGUGUACCUCAGGGUAUGGCGUGGCAGCCCGGCGCAGACAAAUACAGCCGGCUGGACCGCGAGUUGCAGACCGCCAACUCGCAGUUCAUCGAGGAGCAGCAUUCCCAGCAGCAGUUGAUUGCUGACCAGCAGGAUGAACAUCUGGAGUUGGUGUCUGGCACCAUUGGGGUUCUGAAGAACAUGUCCCAGAGGAUUGGCGAUGAGCUGGAUGAGCAGGCUGUGAUGCUGGAUGACUUCUCCCAUGAGAUGGACAACUCCCAGUCACGGCUGGACAACGUGAUGAAGAAGCUGGCUAAAGUCUCCCACAUGACCAGUGACCGUAGGCAGUGGUGUGCCAUCGGAAUCCUCCUGGCCAUCCUGUUCGUUGUGCUCAUCCUCUUCUUUGCUCUGUGACGAUGCCCCCGUGAUGAUCCUUCCCCACCACACCGUUCCCUCCCUUUCUCUCUCACUCCGCUCUUUCUGAUGGACUGCUGGUCCUGGACUGGGGAUUAGAAUGACACUUGCCACUGACUCUUUCUUUCCCUCCCAUCUCCUCCAGAUGCAUUUAUACUGUACACAAAUCAGGUUUGCACCCCUGAAGAUUUCUUUUAAUUUCUUAUCCUACUACCACCAAAUUAGGACAGAUUGGUUCAGGCAAAAGAGUUUGGUUAUUAAUUCUUGACUUAUUGAAAUUGAACUAACAAGUGCACUUGGCUAUAGCACAACAUAACAUACCUUCCACAAUAUGGCCGCUUAGAUAAUUAAGUGUCCUAGGGAUGCUUGGGCCAAGCGAAUGCAUUUUUUCCUUACGCUUUUAUUCUGCUAUAUUAGCUUCCGUUAUCUUACUCUGGUGGAGUAUGACUUUUUCCCCACGGUUUUAUGAAAUUCUCAGUUUGUUUCGGGGGUGUAAAGCAGGACUCAGUUUUAGAAUUUAAAGAAACAGCACUGCCGCCUGCUUGAGCGAUGUGAAUUCAUUAGCAUUAGCGUUCCCUUCCUCUCUCAGUACAUCCCUUUAAGGGCUGCUCCCGUGUCUGUUGAAGGCAGUACAUUUAGAAAGAAUACUGAAGGGCUGUAAGAUGCAAUGGUAUUACUACUAGUAAGAGCGUGUGUUACUAACCACACUAACUGUAACGGUAGCAUUUAUUUUUUAAAUGUGAGGUGUCCUCAUGAAUUGCAGAGGUGUCAAUGCGAGAAAAAAAUAUGGAGGUCGCAUUGGCAGCACUGCAGUGAUAAAUCCGUCUCCUUGGGUAGGACACCAGUGACGAUCAUACAUUUUAUUGGUAUUACCACUGUUUAGGCUGAUGCAAUAGUCCAAUGUUGAAUUUGUUUUUGCCCCGAGCUGAGAGCCAGGCAAUAUUUAUACGUGAGGUCUAAUUGACUUAGUUGUAACUGUACCUGUGACUUACCUGGGAAAAUUGCUGGUCAUAAUCCCAUCGACAUUUAAUAGGCUCCGUUGUCUUUCAGUGGUGGACUGGGAUGUAGAUUUAAACUUUGCUCAAGCAUCCCUUCAUAUAUUUGACUGGUAGUCAAUGUUCAUGUCUUCCGUAUUUCAGGCAUUCCUCAGUGUCUCGUAGUCACAGUUGAUCACCUAGGUAACUUGAGUUAGAUAGAUUUUAAUUUUAAUUUUGGCUCUCCCAAGUAUUUUUGUCCAGUGACAGAAGCAAAGUCAGGUUUAUUGACCGGAGUUAAACUGAUGUUUAGUCCUGAGGACUGAGAGCCUGUAGUGUGGGCUGAUAUCAUGUAGUUAGCCUGUUACUAUUGACUGUGCCUUAGGUUGAGGAGAGUCUGAGGUGUGAUUGAGCAGGCCUUUCCCUGCUCAGCCCAGGCACAUUGGCACACAUUGGCACACCUUGGCAUACAUUGGCACGCGUUGGCACACAUUGUGCAUGAUCAGCCUACAUUUACAGCCACAUUCCUGUAAGUGAGGAGUGUGUCCUGCUGCUGCUUAACUGUGGUGCAGCUGUGGUGGUGAUGUGAAGUAUUUGUGACUACUAUGAUGGCUUCAGUGCCGAAUGUAACCAGGUAUGUAACCCACCAGCCCACCAGUCCAGCCUCCCUGAGAAGGAUCCAAAUCCACCCUUCAUGUGAAGACAUCUAAUAGUGAAUUGAAUAACUAUUCUGAGAUGCACUGAACAUAUCUCUGAUAUGAGCACCUAUACUCAAUACGGAGCUUUUCUGUGAGGAACUACUUUUCUUUGAGGUAACAUUAUUGUUAACUCCCUUUUGGGUCUUAAGAAGAAAGUAAAAAUAAUCUAAUGUUAGUGUCCUGAAUAAAAUAACACUAAAUAGAUAGAUAGCUGUGAUUGAUAAAAUCAAAUGUACUUACUAAUAUUAAGAUGGUUUAAACACGUUUCCUGUUAUUUACAUUUAUGGUUGAUUUUUAUGCUCUUGUUUGGUUUUUGCAUUUCAAGUUGGUCAGUGUUUACGGACUGUCACACUGUUGCACAGUGUAGUUUGUUGGUAGGAAGAAUAUUCUUACAGGGAAGUGAUUUUUAAAAGUAUAAUAUGCGGUGCUUUUAAUUUGGUAGUGCAGUGGGGUCCCAUAAGGCAAAACAAUAACCAUCUUGCUCUGGGUUUCACAGAAGAAUGCAAUGUAAAGAAAUACUAGUACUACUUUAACUGUGGUUCGAAGACUGUUUCAAAAGCAUUAAAGCCUUUCAUGUGCAACAUUAAGGGAAAAAGAAAAUAGGCGUACAAUCACAUCACUGGUCUUGUAAGGUGGUGAUGAAUUUGAAAGACGAUAUGUUGGCGAAUUGGCACAUGGAUGCUAUAAAUCAUAUGUGUAAAACUACUGUAUAUGUUGCUACUCUUGUCUGGCUUGUGUUCAUGCUGCUGGGGUGUGUGGGCAUAAUUUUCUCUGCUUUGUGUCCUAAGAACUCAGAACCUCAACGUUCGACCUCCGAGUCAUGUCCCUGAGUGUCUGUCUGUGUGGUGUUCGGUUGCGGAGUCUGAGUUCUGGAAAAUAAAAGGCUGCAAAAUAAUAAAUAAAAAAAGGCCCAGUUCAUUAAAA